UUAAUCAUUAAACUAAGCGGUUGAAAAUUUGACAAAAUUUAUGAAGACGCAUUUUAAAAUUAUGUUCUUCAUAAUAAUUUAUUAAAAAUUAAAGAAAUUUAAAGUAUUAAUAAAGUGAUUAACAAGUGCAAAUGACAAAAAAGUGUUAAAGUGUAUUUUUUAAGGAACAUACUGCCGCCAACACUAUCUCGUGAAGUAAUCAAUUAUAAAAAAACUAAAAACAAAUCUAAGCCACAAAAACAAGGGGAUGAAUUAGAAAUGUUUGUAGAAUUAAAAAAUAUGAUACAACAGCAAAAUGAGCAAAAUACCAAAAUAUUGGAAUUACUACAACAACAGAAUACGAUCAGUAUAAACAUAUUUGGGGGAAUUACUGAAUUGAAAGAUAUAAUAAUCAACCAAAACAAUGUUUUAAGUGAGGUGCUUUCGAAACAAAUAGUGGCUCUUAACUCGUCAUUUAAGUCCCACUUUGAAGAACCAAAAUUUACUACAAUUUUCCCAUUAUCAUCUGACGAUGAAUUAAACAAUUUUGAGAAAAUGAUAAAUUCAGAGAAUAAAAGUGAAAUUGUAUCUUCAGUAAAGCGAGUCUUGGGUACCAAAGGGCUACAAAAAGGAAUAUCAAACAUAUUUUCAAAGGAUAUAAUCAUAAAUUAUAAUGUUCGGGGUAUACAAGGCAAAAAGCGGCUAUUGGAUUUUAAAAAGGUUAUCAAUAUUUUAUUUCUGGCAACGUCAUCCGAAGGUGGUACUGAGAUAGAAUUUUAUGGGGAACUUCGCAAAGCCUUUAAAGCAGCGAAAAAUAAACAUUUUAAAUUUGAAUGCUUAAAACGUAAAAAACUCGACAAUGAAACAGAUUCUUCAAAUUAACUUUAGCAUACGACGACUUUUAAUUUAUUUCAUAAAAACUUCCUCAUUUUAUUGAUGUUAUAUUUAAUUAUAUAAUUAUAUUAAUUAUAUAAAAACUACAUUUCUAUUUCUGAACAUUUAUAUAUGUAAAUAUCGUUAAUGUU